CUGUUGGGAAACCUCUUCUCUGUGACACAGAAUGUUCUGGGUGGGAGCCGCCCUUCUUCAUCUUACAGGACCAAGUGCCUCCUGUCUGAAAGAGCCAUCCAAAAUUCUGGACAGUACCCGUGAUGCCGCCCAUUUGGACACCUAUUCCCCCCAACCUACACCAGCCGGUGUACUCCUGCAACGCUCUGGCGUCCAGGCCACGCCCCCGGGCGACAUUGGCUUUCCGAUUGGACAAUUUAAUGGAGGUGUGGCCGGAAGAGGCGAGUCUCAUUGGCAGAGGCGUGACCGACGGUGUGUGCGGAACAUGGCGGAGCGCGGGAGGAAGCGGCCGUGCGGCCCGGGUGAACACGGCCAAAGGAUUGAGUGGCGAAAAUGGAAGCAACAGAAGAAAGAGGAGAAAAAGAAAUGGAAGGAUCUCAAGCUGAUGAAAAUGGAGCGGCAGCGGGCACAGGAGGAACAGGCAAAGCGCCAGGAAGACGAGGAGGCAGCAGCAGAGAAGGAGGACCGCGGGCGGCCCUACACACUGAGUGUAGCCCUGCCGGGCUCCAUCCUGGACAAUGCUCAGUCGCCGGAGCUUCGGACCUACUUGGCCGGUCAGAUUGCCAGAGCCUGUGCCAUCUUCUGUGUGGAUGAGAUCGUGGUGUUUGAUGAGGAGGGCCAGGAUGCCAAGACCGUGGAGGGGGAAUUCACAGGAGUUGGGAAGAAGGGGCAGGCGUGCGUACAGCUGGCCCGGAUCCUGCAGUACCUGGAGUGUCCGCAGUACCUGAGGAAGGCGUUCUUCCCCAAGCACCAGGAUCUACAGUUUGCAGGGCUCCUGAACCCCUUGGACAGCCCCCACCACAUGCGUCAGGACGAGGAAUCCGAGUUCCGAGAGGGCAUCGUGGUGGAUCGGCCCACCCGGCCAGGCCACGGCUCCUUUGUCAACUGUGGCAUGAAGAAGGAGGUGAAGAUUGACAAGAACCUGGAGCCUGGGCUUCGGGUGACCGUGCGACUGAACCAGCAGCAGCUCCCAGAAUGCAAGACCUACCGUGGCAAAGUGGUGUCAUCACAGGACCCUCGCACCAAAGCUGGUCUCUACUGGGGCUACACCGUCCGACUGGCUUCCUGCCUCAGUGCUGUGUUUGCUGAGGCCCCCUUCCAGGACGGGUAUGACCUGACCAUCGGGACGUCAGAGCGUGGCUCGGAUGUGGCCUCUGCCCACCUUCCCAGCUUCAGGCAUGCUCUUGUGGUGUUCGGGGGCCUCCAGGGGCUGGAAGCUGGAGUGGAUGCUGACCCCAACCUAGAGGUGGCUGAACCCAGUGUCCUCUUUGACCUGUACGUCAAUACCUGUCCUGGCCAGGGUAGCCGCACCAUCCGCACGGAGGAGGCCAUCCUCAUCUCCCUGGCCGCCCUGCAGCCUGGCCUCACCCAGGCCGGUGCCCAGCACCCCUGAAAGUUCUAAGGGGCCCAGGACAUCAGUGAAGCAGCAGUGAAACCAGGGGCUCUGCAGGUCACUUGGGAUGGACGCCGCCAGACUUGUCUCCAAAAAUCACCACCUUUAAUGCUCCCCGGCCUGCACACGCCCAGCCUUGCUGGGCUCCACCCUCACUUACUGCCCGCCGUGAUGGCCUUGAGGCUGCCUGCCCGCGCCAGGAUGUUUGGUACAAAGAGCAGCCCCGAGGCCCGCUCAAUGCUCUCGAUGGGCACCAGGAAGCGCUCCAGUGGGAUGGCCUCGUCCACAGGUGCGUUGGGCAUCACGUAGGAGCGGAGCUCAAUUUGCCCGCCUGCGGCCUCCAGGAUCAGCACCUUGAAGAAGUGUGUGGGCACUGCCACGUGGUUUUUGCCGAUGACCUGGUACUUCACAUAGGAUUUCCCAUCAGCCUCUGUCCUGUAGGCAGACCCAGGCACAAGUGGGCAGGAGGCCUGGAUGAACCCAAGGCCACCUCUUCAAGGAAACCUUCCCUGAUCUGUCCUUUAACUUCUGUCAGCCUGCAGGACGACUCCCUCACUGUGAGACUUCUGUAGCCCGCCUGGCUCCUCCUUGAGGCUGGAACUCUGUCCAGGGUGGAGGUUAACUCUCCCUCUGUUUUCCUUAUGCCCAACACUGGGUCAGGUAGAGUGGGCGACAAUAAAUGCCGCUAGAAGAAUUGA